GGAUGUGAUGAUUUGUUGUGUUGUGAAUGACAGUCAGACUAAUAGAUAGUGAAUUGCAUGCAAACCACUGAUUACUGUAUUGUCUGUCAAUUACCACUGAUUUACUCGAAGAGACCACUCGUCCGCACAAAUGGUUUACGAAUCGCUGAAUCUGUUUGUAUCGCCGGAAAAGUUUUACAUCAGACCCGUUGGCAACGAUAAUGAGUUACUCGUGAUCGACAGACAGACCACUUAUAUCUCAUUAGAGGCCCCUCGCACUCAGAUCACAGGCAUUGCCACUUCUAAGCUAAUCCAUGGCAUAUUUGGUAUCAUUAGACUAUUGGCCGGUCCGUAUCUGAUUGUCAUCACUCGGGUGUCACUAGUGGGCAAAAUCUAUGGCCACGAGGUGUUUAAGAUCGAUGAGACCGAGAUAAUCCCAUUCAGUCGCACCACUCUUCACUUGACUGAAGACCAGAUCCAGUAUAACAAGAGUUAUCUAUCAAUGGUUAAGACAGUGUUGGAUUCGCCAUACUUUUACCUCUGCUAUACCUAUGACUUGACUCAUACCCUGCAAAGUCUCUAUAAUUGUGGACCAGAUUUCACGUCUAAAUCCUACUUCGAAAGGGCUGACAAACGGUUUGUUUGGAAUCACUGGCUAUUAUCGGAAUUAGCGGCUCGACAGGAACUCCAGUCUUAUUGCAUUCCUAUACUACACGGAUUUGUUCACAUAAACGGCGUGACAAUCAACAGAAAGCAGUUCGUGUGGACAAUAAUCUCGAGGCGUUGUGUGUCUCGCGCGGGGACUCGCCUUUUCAUGCGAGGCAUCGACAGCGACGGACACCCGGCUAACUAUGUGGAGACGGAACAGAUCGUUGAAUACGAAUCGUCGCAGAGUUCGUUCGUUCAGAUCAGAGGCUCAAUACCUCUUCAUUGGACACAAUUACCUGAUCUGCGAUACAAACCUCCGCCACAACUCACUCAAUACGCCAACCAAUUGCAGAGUUACCACAAACACAUCGAACAUCUGAUCAAUAAUUACGGGAAAAUAUGUUUAAUUAAUUUAAUCAAUCAUUCGGGACAAGAGUUGCCACUCGAGAGGGCUUUCAGAGAUAUAGUUAAUCAAUCGAAUAACCAAUUCGUGAGAUACGAGUCCUUCGACUUCCACCACGAAUGCCGUCAAAUGCGUUGGGAUCGGCUCUCCAUCCUUAUGGACCGCAUUGACAACGAACUCAAAGAAUUCAGUUAUUUCUUAACGUCUGCUGACAGGUCUGCCCUCAGUCUCCAGGAGGGCGUCUUUCGCACCAAUUGUAUCGAUAGCUUAGACCGAACUAAUGUGGUCCAGGGGUUGAUUGCCAAACAUUGCUUGGAAUCAGUUCUCAAGCGGUUCCAGAUUAUCAAUGGUUCCGACAAAUUGGAACACUUUCCCGAAUUCCUAUAUCUCUAUAGAAAUGGUUGGGCCGACAACGCAGACAUCUGUAGCAUUCAAUACGCGGGAACGGGAGCUCUAAAGACUGAUUUUACUCGAACUGGUAAACGGAGUCCAAUGGGUGCCGUCAAAGAUGGCAUCAAUUCAUUGGUUCGUUACUACAAAAACAACUUCGCCGACGGAUUCAGACAAGACGCCAUCGAUUUGUUUUUGGGUAACUAUAGGAUCGAUGAAAAUGAAGGCAAACUCGUCAAGUGUCCGCUCAAAGACAGACAGGAGUGGAAGUAUUUGACGGUUAGUCUCACUUUUAAAUGGUUGACUAGUUUAUGA